AUGCUAUCGAAAACAUUUUUCAUCGAUUGGGAAAAACCAAUGGAGGUGAUACCGAUGAGUGUCGAUAAUCAGAAACCUUUACGGUAUACCGAACGUCAGCCGAACACAGCCACCACGAACCCAACCGUUAUAUGGCGAACCUAUUUGGUAGCAAAUGAAUGGAACGAGCUACAAAAUUACCGCAAGACAAGCAUCGCAAUUCAAAUGAUCGCAAUGUUCGCAUGCUUGGAAUGGCUUGAACUCAAAAAUUGGGCCGCUAUUACACCUGGUUUCUCCGCAGAACAUAGCACGCCGCCCUAUGUACAAAGUCGUUUAAGUCGCUUUGCUAUAGUGAGCGUGUUGUACAUGGUUAUUGGCCUAUUGCAAUGGAUUGUUCACGUGCUCAUCAUUGAGCGUUUGAUUGUGGAUCCAUUCCAUAAUAUCAUCGAUCUAUGCUCAAUUGCUAACAUCAGUGUGUUGUCACUAACACAUCCACUCUAUGGAUUCUAUAUUCACGGAAGAUCGGUACAUGGACGUGCUGAUACGGACAUGGUGCACAUGAAUCAAUACCUUCAAAAUGAACGG